CGUUGCAUGAAGGAGAGAGACAUCAGUGUAUUAGUUUUUGUCGUGGGUAUUGUGUCUUCGCUCAUCAGACAUGGUUAUCAGGACGAUUUUUUGCUAUUUUGUCUUAAUUAGUGUUGUCGCUUCAGCUCAGUUUUGUGACCCGCUUCCCGAACUGGCGAGGGGCAUAAAGAAAUGCAACCAAGAUCUUAUUUUCACACGAUGUGAUUUCGUUUGCAACGAGGGCUUGACUAUAGUCGGUCCCUCUGUUACAGCUUGUAUUUUUGGCAAUUGGUCAUCUGAUAUGCCGACCUGCGAAGAACCUAAAAUGAAUGAAGAAGUUCAAUUGGAAGGAACCCCGGAAAAUCAAGGAAAAUACUUCGUAGGAGUGUGUGAUAAAGAUCCUGCCCAACCCGAAAACGGAGCAGUGACGUGUCUCGAUAUUUUGACUUUGAAGUAUUGCUGGUACAGUUGUGACGAUGGUUACACAUUGAAUGGUCUACCAAGCUACAUAUGCAGUGCCCACCAAUGGUUUGGAGAACCGCCCGUUUGUAAACUGCCAGAUACCUCGAACAAAACGCAAAAUGGUGAACAACGCGCCCCAGUCAAAUCCAGUACUGCUCUUAACAACUUGACAAAUAUGUUAUGUCGCGAUUGAAGCAGUCACGUUUCCGCUAGCAGUAGUUGUUUUCCGUAAUUGUUCGAAACGAAUUAUUAAAAUUCCAAACCAUA